AAAGUAAGGUAACAAUUGUAACCUUACUUCAUGUUGUGCUGAGUUUUAAAACUAAAUUUAGAUUUAGAUAAAUUUUUCAUUUGUGUAUAAUUUUAUUCCAUUUUUCACAUAUCUGUUACUCAUUGAUGGAUUACAAAAAUGUUUGCAUUUAAAAGCUUUAUGUGAAAGAAGCAUCUGCCAUAUCAUUUGUUGAAUUCCAAGAUUGUGUUGUCACGAACCUAAAGAGAUGUUAAUGGGAAAAGCUGAUAAAUCAUCACACCUUUCGGAAUAAAAGUGGUAACAAUAAGAGUGGUUUGACUUUUCAAAGACCUACAGCCUCAACUUGCAACAUAUAACAUAUCUUGAUGGAAUCGAGAACCAAGAAAUAAUAAAUUGCCCAAUACAUCAGUUUAGAAAUUUUUAAUCACGCUAUAAUUUUUAUUAUUAGAGAAUAUGUGUGAGUAUUGUUGCUCACAUACAAAAAAGAGGAAAUUUAUUCUUAUUACCCAUGUUAAAAAACAUACAAAGUUUACCUUUUUGAUUCAAUUAUUAAAAAAAAAAGAAACCCUUCAUUUAGGUCAUAUAUGGUCCAAGGCCUUUAAAUUGUAUUCAUCCCAAAAAUCUUAUUGGCAAAGUGAAGUGAAAGAGAUAUCUCUUGCUCGUGACAUGCAGAAAGAAGUGUUUUAAAAACGCAAUUUUCUCAUUGACCACUUAAUGGAGAAACCAUAUGCUUGCAAAUUUUAUGAUAUUCUCUCAACUUCCGAAAGUCAAGAAACGUUUUCAGGUGCAUACUAAAGAGAAACCACAUACAUGUGAAAUUUGUAGUAGAGCAAUUUUUCAACGGUCGCAUUCAAAAAAUUCAUUUAAUGUCUCAUACGAAUAAGGAAUCCUACGCUUGCAACUUUUGCAACAAAGUCUUUUCUGUGAUUUCCAGUUUCAAAAUUCAUUUACGGACGCAUGCGAAAGAAAAAUCGUAUACCUGCGACGUUUGUUAUACAACGUUUUCUCGUAAAUGGAGUUUGAAAAGGCAUUUAUGGACGCAUACUGGGGAGAAACCGUAUGCGUGUGAAUUUUGUAACAAAGCCUUUUCGGACAAAAAUUGUUUCGAAAGGCAUUUAUGUACGCAUACUGGAGAGAAACCGUAUUCUUGUGAAAUUUGUAACAAAGCCUUUUCAUAUAGUGGGUAUCUCAAAAAUCAUUUACGGACGCAUACGGGCGAGAAACCGUAUACAUGUGAAUAUUGUAAUCUUUCCUUUUCAUAUAAUUGGUAUUUCACAAUACAUUUACGGACGCAUACGGGAGAGAAACCGUAUGCGUGUGAAUUGUGUAAGAAACCCUUUUCUGAUAAGAGGCAUUUGAAAAUUCAUUUACAGACACAUACGAAAGAAAAAUCGUUUACAUGCGAAGUUUGUUAUAAAGCUUUUUCUCAUAAUGCGAGUUUGAAAAGCCAUUUACGGACACACACGCGGGAUAAACCGCAUGCGUGUGAAAUUUGUAACAAACACUUUUCGGAUAAGAGGAAUUUGAAAAUUCAUUUACGGUUGCAUACGGGGGAGGUACCGUAUGCGUGUGAAUUUUGUAACAAACCCUUUUCGGAUAAGAGGAAUUUGAAAAUUCAUUUACGGACGCAUACGAAAGAAAAAUCGUAUACAUGCGAUGUUUGUUCUGCAGCUUUUUCUCAUAAUUCUAGUUUGAAAAGGCAUUUACGGACGCAUACGGGGGAGAAGCCGUUUGCGUGUGAAUUUUGUAACAGACCCUUUUCGGACAAAAAGAGUUUCAAAAGACAUUUACGUACGCAUACUGGAGAGAAACCGUAUGCUUGUGAAAUUUGUAACAAAUUCUUUGCAGAUAGCGGGAGUCUAAAAAAUCAUUUACGGACGCAUACGGGCGAGAAACCGUAUACAUGUGAAUAUUGUAAUCUUUCCUUUUCAAAUAAGUGGGGUUUUACAAUACAUUUACGGACUCAUAUGGUGGAGAAACCGUAUGCUUGUGAAUUGUGUAGCAAACCCUUUUCGGAUGAGAGGAAUUUGAAAAUUCAUUUACAGACGCAUACGAAAGAAAAAUCGUAUACAUGCGACGUUUGUUAUAGAGCUUUUUCUCAAAAUGCGAAUUUGAAAAGGCAUUUACGGACGCAUACGGGGGAGAGACCGCAUGCAUGUGAAUUUUGUAACAAAUCCUUUUCGGAUAAGACGCAUUUGAAAAGUCAUUUACAGACGCAUACGAAAGAAAAAUCAUAUACAUGCGACGUUUGUUCUGCAGCUUUUUCUUAUAAUUCGAGUUUGAAAAGGCAUUUACGGACGCAUACGGGGGAGAAACCGCAUGCAUGUAAUUUUUGCAACAAAUCCUUUUCGGAUAAGAUGUAUUUGAAAAGUCAUUUACUGACGCAUACGAAAGAAAAAUCGUAUACAUGCGAUGUGUGUAAUACAGCUUUUUCUCAUAAUACGAGUUUGAAAAGGCAUUUAUUUACGCAUACGGGGGAGAAACCGCAUGCCUGUGAAUUUUGUAAUAAAUCCUUUUCAUAUAAGGGGAAUUUAAAAAUACAUUUAAGAUCGCACACGAAAGAGAAACCGUAUGCAUGUAACAUCUGUGGUAUAAGAUAUUCUCAUUCGCAUUCUUUAAAGACACAUUUGUCAAAUCAUAUCUUAGAAAAUGGAUGAAUUAUGCGCCUCCGAUGUUCAAUAAUGCGUUUGCUCGUGGGAGAACGUAACCUCAUCUUAAAGAGAAAAGCUUAUGAUAAUGAUUUUGUAGUAAGUUAAUGUUUCAAGAAACAAGUAUCAAAAAGGCUUAUUAUUUUACUAAAAUAUGUUGAAAUAAUCUCUUCUAGUAAUUCUAUUUGGUAUAAUACGGCACAUAAUGCAUAUUCAUUGUUAUUAUACAGGGUAAUUCUUAUGCUUAAAUGAAUAUUCCAUUUUUGUAGGGCUAUUAAAGAAAACAAAACAAAGUGUAAUCUGGUUGCUGAUCCGAAAUUACAAAUAGCAGUUGAAAAAUUAAACUGUACAAUUAUAAAUGUUCAAUAGCAGCACCUCCAAAAAUACGAACAUUAUCCAGACGAUACGAUAACUCAUCCCAUACCCUUUCAGUUUCUCCAAUAUCAUGCUUUGAAAGCCUGCAGAUAUGCAUGUUUUAAGUUUAUAAACAUCAGUUGAUAGCGGGCUAAUAAACAUUUGCAAUUUGUUGUAACCCGAGAUGCGUAUUUUAAUGUGAAUAUGUUUUAUACACAUGCGUUAAAAUGUUUCCAAUAAAAAUUGGUGUUUUAUUGAAAAGUAUUAUAAAUUAAUGUACUUCCCUUUUACUAUUGUGUGUGCCUAUAAUUUGUGUAAUUUUUCUUCUGUAACAUUUUGUACCUCCUGAAAGUUUCUAAUAUGCAGAAGUAUAAUUUUGUACGAAUGUGUUUCAAUUAUGGAAUUCAUUCCUGCUUCAAAUCUGCAUCUUGUAUUAAACCAUUUUGCAUCGAAUUCUUUUUGUAAAUUUUUCCUUACAUUUCGAAUAUAAAGUUUAAAAUU